AUGUCGCAUCAUCUGCCGCUGCUCCCCGGAAUGGCGGACGACGGGCCGCUGGGCGUGGCGGGCGCGUACGACGACGCGCUGAUGCCGUCGGCGGCGGACCGCCAGUCGCACUGGGGCUUCCACGAGACCAAGGAGCUGAUCGCGCUGCGCGCCGAGAUGGAGCGCGAGUUCGUCCCCGCGCGCACGAGCAACCACGUGUGGGAGACCAUAUCGUUGCGCAUGAAGGAGAAAGGGUACCGCCGCACGCCCAACCAGUGCAAGUGCAAAUGGAAAGUGCUCGUCAACCGCUACAAGAACAAGGAGCUCUCGGCGGACGGGUCGCGCUCGUGCCCGUUUUUCGAUGAGCUAGACGCCAUUUUCAAGCAGCGCGCGCUCAGCAUGGACCGCCUUCUCGUGCAGGCGGAGGGCGGCGGCACGCCCGGCGGAAUCGGCGCCACUGGCGGCGUCGGCAGCGGAUUCUCCGCAGGAGGCGGCCGGGCCGGAGCAGUCGGAGGAACCCUGGGCACGCGCGGAAGCUUCGGCGGGAAGAUGGGCGCGCGGGGGGGGGCGGGGGGCGUGGGAGGGGGCUUGCUCACCCGGCGGGCGCGAGACGAGGAAGAGGAGGAGGAGGAAGACGAGGAGGAGGGGGACGACGAACUAGAGGACGAGUUGAACGUGGUGCGCAACAAGAGGCGCAAACGCGACUUCAAUGCUGGCGCGCGCAAGGCCGCUACCGGCCCCUACGGCGCGGGCUCCCCUGGCAUGGGCAAGGGCGCGUCCGCCAGCGCUGGCGGGGGCGCAGGCGGAGACGCGUUUGAUGGCGUAGGCGGGGCGGGCAACGGGGGGGGGGACAGGCGCGCGGUGCUGGAGAGGCAGCGUGCGGGGAGCAUGCAGGAGGUGCUGGAGCAGUUCUUUGUGCAGCAGCUGCGCCUGGAGCAGGAGUGGCGCGAAGCCAUAGAGCGGCGCGAGGCGGAGCGGCGUGUGAGGGAGGGCGAGUGGCGCAGCAGGCUGGAGGCGCUGGAGAGGGACCGCGCUCAGAGGGAGUCCAUGUGGCGGCAGGUGGGUGUUGUGAGGUGGGGGGGCCCAGGAACAGUGGGGGACAAGGGGAAUGCAAGCAACGCUGCGGGUGGUGGUGGUGCGGGCAGUGCUGAAGGGGGUGGAGGUGGGGAGAAGGAUGGGGUGGGGGCUGUGCAGACAGAUGGAGCCAUGGGAGGACUGCAGGAGGGGCAGUCUGCUGCUCAGCCUGUUGCAGUGUAG